ACGCGCUAUCAUUGCCGGGCUUUUUACUGAUGCUGCCCGACAUCUACUCGGAGACCCUGAUGUUCAACGCCUCGCCCGCCAGUCCCUGGUUGAACAUACCCUACCUGUGGCUAUAUCUGGUGGCAAACAUGGUCACACAGUACUCGUGCAUCAUGUGUGUCAUGAUCUUAAUGAGCGAGUGCACUUCGCUCACAGUGACCCUGGUGUUGACCAUCAGGAAAUUCAUCUCGCUCAUCAUAUCGAUAUUUUACUUUCAAAACCCGUUCACCGGCACCCACUGGGCGGCCACUGCGCUGGUGUUCGCCGGUUCCCUAUUGUUUAUGGACUUACCGGUGGUGAACGACCGGUUCCGAGCGCUGGCCACCUGUGCCCAGAAUGUGUGGUACGGCCGACGACUGGCCGCUAACGGCUACGAGAAUGUGAUCACAAUUAAAGCCAAAUUACGCGAAUCCGAUAAGUCUUCAGAAAGCAUGGGAUUUAUCGGCAAAUUAUUUUUACUGGCAAUAGUUGUCGGCUUCGGUGCCGUAGUAUAUCAACUAUUUUUGACACCCGACCCACCGCUACCUCACAUACCGGAGCUAUGGUUUGGCAAAAAUGCACUCAAACCGGGUGAGGCCAUACCCAAAGACCCGGAGGCUAUCAAUAAGUUUACAAUCAAUGUGUCCGACGAUGUGCUCAACGAUUUGCGCCGACGGCUAGACUCAGCCCGUUAUGUGUCGCCAAUAGCCGGCACUCAAUUCAAUUACGGUUUUAAUGGCGAUUAUCUGCAGAAAGUCGUCGAUUACUGGAAGAAUACAUUCAAUUGGAGAAAACAGGAGAAG